AGGCGGGACUUACGGUUGCAGAUUUUCUGAGGGCGAAAAUGGCGCCCAGCUCGAAAUCUGGGAAACACGAAAACAAACAAAAGCAAAGAAAACAGGAAUCCCACAUCGUGAAAUUGCUCAACAACUCAAGGCUGUCGGGCCAUCUGUCAGACCGAUGGUUCAGAAAGCGUCGCCCGCGUGUUCGCGUUCCCUUGAAGACCAUCGUCAGUGAAGCAACUCUACGAGCACAACACAUCUUCUUGGGUUUUACCAAAUGUGGACGUUAUGUGCUGUCCUAUACCCGUGACUAUGGGGAGGCGGACGACACCUACAUAUAUCACCUGUACUGGUGGGAAUUCAACCUGCAUAAGAGUCUCAAACAGGUGCAUCGGAUCCGCCUGUUUGCGGACCACCAGAUCUACAGUGACCUGCACCUGGCUGUGUGUGAGUGGCACAAUGCCCAGUCCAAGAUAGUCAUCUUCGGAUACAGUCUGUACAGCUCCAGCUCUGCUUCGGGCGAGGUGCUGCUGAACAUGCUGAUGAGCGAUGAGGACUCCACCGACGUCUACAUCACCAUCAUCUCCAUGCCCCCCGACACGCCCACGCCCACGCCCUGCCUCACCUGCCAGCCCUCCACCUCCUCUGCUGCUGCUGCCACAGCCACUGCCACUGCCACACCAAAAGCAGGUGAGUGUCUGGAGCAUGGCUUCGUGCUGAACGCCCACUACCAGGUGGUGCACCCCAUCCCCACCUUCCAGCCCGCCCUGCAGCUCAAGAAGGAGAAGGUCAUCCUGCUCAACACCAGCUACUCCCUGGUGGCCUGCGCCAUCUCCCUCUGCCAAGGAGGGAAAGCAGGAGAGAAGGACCAGGUGCUGUACAGGAGCAGAGCCAAACCACCAUCACCAUCAUCAACAUCGUCAGCCCUUAAUUCCCGCCUUGCUUCAUCCUCCUCCUCCUCCUCUUCUUCGUCCACCUCUCAUGGCUCAACAGAACGCGCUCAGCAGCAGGGCCAGCAGCAACGCCAGACCACACCCGUCCCCGUCUCGCCCAGCCAGUCACAGGCGGCCAUGAGGGCGCGGGAGUUUGCGGCGGACAUUUUCAGGCGGGCACAGGCAGGUAGUGGCAGUGGUGUUGGCGGGUCCCAGCAAUCCCCAACAAAGCCACUGCGGAAAGAUGGCAACAGCGACCAAGUGAAAGACAAAACCAUAGAAGACCUUAAGGAGGAGGAGGAGGUGGAGGAGGAGGAGAGGACUGUUGCGGAUGGUGUUGGUUUGAAUGGUGGCAGAAACAGAGAUGUGAGAGUGAAGCUGUUUAGCUCAGGCCUGGAGGAGGAGGAAGAGGAGGAGGAAGAUGUCCAUCUUGGGCCUCUCUCAUCCAGCAUAAAGCAACAGAGUUGUGUUGGUGGUGGUGGUGGUGGUAAACGAGAGCAGAGGCAACAGCAUCAGGACAGCACUACUACAGAGCCUCCCUCCUCUCCACAGCGCAGCACGUGGCAACAGCAGCCAGAGCCGGAGCCAGGCUACGUCAACUACACGCGCCUCAAGUACUGGCUCCCUCAGCAGGGACCCAGCCACCGAGGAGGUCGAGGAGAUGAUGAUGGAGAAGAUCAUGAUGACAAGUUCCAGCUUCCCUUCACUGUGACGGACCUGAAAGGCAACAAGCUGCAGCUGAUCAACGGUGCCUGCAGUGGACAGUGUGUGUGCGUGGAGCAGCUGACGCUGGACUUUGAGUACGUGAUUAACGAGGUGAUCCGGAACGACGCCGAGUGGAGCUCCCGCUUCUGCUCCUUCAGCGACUACGACGUGGUCAUUCUGGAGAUGUGCCCAGAGACGAACAUUGUGAUCAUCAACAUUGGACUGAUGCUGGCCGCCUUUCCCCCGGCAGAAGACAAGUCUUCAAGGCCCGAGUCGUUCCACACAAGCCUGCAGGUGAGCUGGGACCUGAACACGGGGGAGUGCUCCACGCUGGGAGUGGGAGAGCUCAAGGAGAUGAAGGGACAGAGCAGUGGCAGUGUGUGGGGCGGCUACAGGAAGUCGUGUCUGGACACGGUGAUGAGGUGCCUGGUGCCCGAGAACAGCUCGCGACACAUCAACCGCAUGACCAACGAGGCCCUGCACAAAGGCCUGUCUCUCCGCAUCCUGGCCGACAGGGAUCGAGGGACAUGGAUUACCCACUGAUGACGCUGACUGCAGCGGAGGGAGAAGAAACCACGGCGGCAUGCGUACAUGCAACACUACUGCAGUCACCUCAGCGAUGCAACCCUCUGGCUUCAUCUCAAUGUCAAGAGUUCUAGCCUUGCUAGGACAUGAAACGCCUGGUGAUUGGAUACCUCGAGGAGCUCACCAAAGAGUAUCCAAUCAGUGGACGUUUCACUUCCUAGCAAGGCUAGAACACUGGGCAUUGAGAAAGAGCCUCUGUCUCCCCACCCACAGUGCACCCACCCCUUAGCCAUCCAUCCCAUUCCACCUACCUUGGUCACUGCCCCUCUCAUAAAAAGAGAGAAAAGGCAGCUUCAACCAGGACUUCUUUACUCCUGCUUAUUUUUUAUUUUUCCGUGACGUGUCGAAAAUAGCAGCCUUUUAAAAGCCUUGUGAAGCUAGUUCUGAAAGUUUUGUCAUUGCAUUUCAUGCGAAUGCAGCGGGUCAUUAAUAAUGAUUUUUAGUGUGAUGGUAAAUAUCACGUCACGGAAAAAUAAAAAGUAAAUGCGAGCAAAAAACAAAAUCCUGGUUGAAGAGGACUUAUCUCUCUUUUUAUCUGGUUAUUUGUUUGUCCUGCUCCCAGGUCAGACGUCAGAUGUGCGAGCGUUUACCUUGGUUUCGGCCCUUUAGAGGAGCUUUUACCUUGGUUUCGGCCCUUCAGAGGAGCGUUUACCUUGGUUACGGCCCUUCAGAGGAGCGUUUACCUUGGUUACGGCCCUUCUCAUCUCAACUUCACAUGCUUUGUUUUGCACUGGCAUUGCCAUGUCAUUGUUUUUGUGUUUUUUAAAUGGUAGUCUGCGAGUUUACAUAGAAGGGACUCAUGCCAUUCAGGACAAACGUCAUUCCCUUUGAAUCAUAAAACCUUUUUUAAAAAUGAUUUUAAAAAGCCAAACGAACAAAAAAAAAUACAAUUCUCUUUUCAUUGUGUAGAUGUCAUACACCCAUUCACAGUGACCUUAUGUUAACGACCACACUUGGAAACUUGGGUAACACAAUUUAUAAUAAUGCUAAGUUUUAAAGCUUUAAAGGGGUAUGCCACUAUUUUUGGGCUGAAUAUGGUUAAAAUCGUUGCCCUGUGUUUAAAAAGGUAGUAAAGUGUCUUUUUUUUCAUGUUAAGCGUUGUCUUGUUUUAAGGAGGGAGUAAGUAUCUAAGCUAGUGCGAGUCAGUGGAUCACACAUGCUAGUGAUCCAUUGACUUUCACAAACUUAGCUACAUACUCCCUCUUUUAACUUGUCUUAAAGCAAGACAACGCCUUACAUGAACAAUAAGACACUUUACCACUUUUAUAAACCCCGGCCAACGAUUUUAACUGUAUUAAGCCCCAAAAUGGUGGCAUACCCCUUUAACACUCAGUUAAGUGUUGGUAAAGCUUUAAAAUGUACCGUUACUAUUAUAAAGUGUUACUGAAACUUGAUGCUGCUGCUCCCACUUCCUACCAACUCAGGGCUUCAGUUGGAGGCUCCGUGUGUGCGUGUUCGUGCGUGUGUGUCAGAGAGAGAUGCUAGGGCGAGGCUUUUGUGGACAUUCAGAGAAGGAACUAAAAUGAUAGUAUUUGACUUAUGUGAUGUCUUGUCUUAUUAAAGUGUGCUAUGUAUAGUCAGCAAAGCACCUCUCUUUUUUUUUACAUUUACAUUUUUUAAUCUUAAAGGAUUUUGAUGAUUUAAAUAUUUAAGGGCAAUAUGGAAGUAUGUGGCAUUGUGUAGGAUUGCUAUAAGGACAUUGUACUUGUAUUGUUUUUGUGUCUUAACACAUACUUUCUUGACUUGUAAUGUAAAUAUUUAUAGGUGAUUAAAACAAAAGUGGAAUAA